CAAACUAAGUCACUGAUGUAUGGAUGUGCCUAUAUAGGAAAUGAAAUUUUACCAAUGUUCCAUUUGUGGUUGGAGCGGCCCGAUCAAAAAUUUGGACAUGGAAAUUGCGACAACACGCAGAAUAUGGACCACUUCAUGUUUGAGUGUUUGUCGAAACAUGACGGGCCGACCAAUAGAGACGAAUCUGAAAUGGGCUGGCAAUAUAUAUCACUUCUGGAACAUACUGCAGGGUCAAUGCAAAAUAAAACCAAAACACGAUCACACAGAUGUGCCUUGUACGAUGUGCAUGACGAAGACGAUAGAUCCCUUAGAAUAAUCCGGAUGGUGAUUAGCAAGCCGGUAAUAGGAGAAGAAUUUAAUGUACGCCAGUGUAAUGGCUUAUCGAAUCUUCUGGCAAAGGAUGAACUGCCAGUCAUCCCUGAGGGAUAUCGAUAUUGGCCUGAUGGGUCUUUGUACAUAUAUUUGUUAGGUAGAAAGGCCAAAAUAUUUUACAAUGGUACAAAAUACCCAGAAUUUCCAGUUACUAGUCAUCCAUCAACAACGACCAGUCAGCCAUCAACAACAACUACCACCCAAAGUCCUACUACAACUACAACAAGUACGACCACAGAAAAAUAUCGUCAUCCUUCUUGGUUUUUCUUCCCUGAUUAUUAUUUGCAUUAUGUUUAA